AAAUCGCUGCAUUCAGUCUAACGGUCGACAGCAUUUGCGAAGCAUCCCAAUCAGUUCGAUAUAUAUUUACGCAAUUUAAGAAUUAUCUUAUCACAAGUAGCCGGGGCCAACGAUUCAAAAUUCGUCUGUGUUUUUAUUAUUUCUAUACAAAUCUAUACACUUUUCGAGUAUCUCUUAAACAAUUGAUUUUAAAAUGUCGAGUGGACUAGUAAACACAACAAAUUUUAAAUGUAUAAAAAAUAUGUUUAUAGUUUUAAUAUUAUUUGGUUUAAUAAGUGUUACCGUGGGUGAUCAGCAUAUAAUAAUUCGUAAGACAACUGAAAUAGAUUACGCGAUCAAUUUGAUAUCAGACUGCGGAUACCCACGCGAAGUUCAUAAGAACGUGAAAACAGAAGAUGGAUAUCUCCUGACCAUGCAACGGAUCAGAGGCAAAAGUAAAAAUAGUAUUCCUGUAUUAUUCAUGCAUGGUUUACUCGGGUCCGCUGAACAUUUUCUCUUGUUGAAUUGCACGGACGCUUUACCUUAUCAAUUGUACAAUCAGGGAUAUGAUAUUUGGAUCGGGAAUGUGCGGACUGUUUCUUAUUCUAGACAUCAUGUUAGUCUCAAUCCGAAUGGUCCAGCGUAUUGGGAUAUAUCUAUGGACGAGUUUGGAAAUUAUGAUGUACCAGCACUAAUCGAUUAUAUUUUGAAAACAACAAAUCAUGAACAGAUUAUGUACGUCGGACAUUCACAGGGUAACAUGAUCUUCUACAUAAUGUGCCAUAAUAGACCAGAAUACGCCAAUAAAGUAAAAUUAUUCGUGAAUCUUUCUCCUGUUGCCACAUUAAACAACUUCCCGCAUCCAUGGCUUGGAAUGAUUGCUCCACACGUCAAAGCGUUACAAAGUGUAGUCGAGAAAUUCGGACUUUAUGAAUGGACAUUCGGCCGUGAUUACAUUCGAGAAUAUGGCGGUAUGAUGUGCAGCAUGGUACCAGAGUUAUGCAAAUAUCUCCAAUACUUGUUUUCCGGGUUGCCACCAGCUCGUCUACCUAAUGAUCAAUUUCAAAGACUGUUAACCAACUGUCCAGAAGGUAUUGCAGCUAAGCAGUUUAUCCAUGCAUGUUUAAUGGUGAACGAUCAGAGGUUUGAGAAAUUCAAUUUCGGGACACCUCAGAAAAACCUCAUCAAUUAUGGAUCGGAAAUUCCGCCAGAGUAUGACUUAUCCAGAACCACAACGCCUGUUGCUAUUUAUUAUUGUCAUAAUGACUGGUUUCUCUUGGAUACGGAAGUGGAGAGGAUCAUGCAAUAUAUACCAAAUAUAGUGGAUUCAUACAAAAUUACUAUUGAUGGAUUUUCGCACUUUGACUUUAUUAUCGGACCUUUGGCACCGCGUUAUCUGUACCCCAGGAUAAUUGCGCUGAUGAACCAUUACAGAGAUAUGCAACCCUCACAAAUUGAGGGAUAAUUAAGAUAGUGAAGCAAAUUAAUUUAAUGAAAUUAGCACUUUCAAGCUUAAAAAAGUGCUUGCUUGGUUAAUUCGACUAUAGUGAUUAAAGAUACAAAUGUUACGAUACGGUGUAGGAUAAAAAAACUGGGUUCGAAAAUAACAGCAUCGAAAAAUAAAUAAAAAUGAGUAUAAGUUAUACUCCGAGGGCUAUACAGGAUACUUAUACUACAAAAUAUGUGAUAAGUUAUUAAGUUAUAAUUAAGAAACGUUGACGUUUAAAUAAACGCAUGCGCAGCAUGUUUAUUGAGAAAAAA